AUGGAUUCAAGCUCAAGCGACACGCUGGAGUAUAGCGGUACGGCCUGUGCACUGCAGCCUUCGCCACCACAACAGUCAAAUUUUCAACCACCACCAAAUCAGUCGCGCCUUCAACCACCUACUCACUCUGAUCAGUUGCAGGAAGUGCUGGAUCUCGCAGAAGCCGUUGCGACAGACAAACUGCAUCUCACACCAGAUGAUGAACCCAUCAAAUUCACGAUUUCUCGAGAGUCGUGGUUGAAACUGCAAGAAGACCCCAACUUUGACUUAUACACAGAACGGAAAUUAUUUCGAGUCUUCUUCGAUAGCUCGCGCUGUCUUGUUACAAUUAUGCCUCCUCCUAGCUUCAGACACCAGGCCUUCGUUGGAUUCCUUACGGAACUCGCAUACAAGGCUAAAUUUGCUAUGACACCUACUCUCGCGGCUAAGAUCCUGAUCAAUUCGAAUUCAGCUAUUCCUGUAGAUCAGUCAUCGCAAAAACAACCAGACUUUCAUAUCGACUGGAUAAAGAGUCAGGAUGAUAGUAGAACACAUACAAUUGUCGAAGUGGGCGUGUCCCAAACUCUCAAAGAUCUCCGAAAUCUCGUCCCACUAUACAUGGACGGCGACCUCAAUAUCCAACGCGUUAUCCUUAUCAAAUUCACCGAAAAACCAACAUUUACAUGUCCGAAAUCAAUCCAAGACUCUCAGGUCUUUCGGAUUGACGAGAUAACGGGUGCAAUUUGGUGCGGUAACGUCAAGAUUAUCGGAGAGACUGAAGUAUUAUGGGAGAUAUGGGAGCGGGAUACUACUGGUAUCGCAGAGAUGACCUUCCAGGAAACCUUCGCGUUCGGACAGAUACCAUCAAGAAAACUCCCUUUCUUGAUGAUAUCUAAAGGUAUCUAUGGUGACAAAACACUUCGGAGAGGAGUAGAUAGUCCCAUUGAACCGCAGAUGAUGAAGCGGUUCUGGAAAGACUAUUGGCAUAUCGCGUGUUGGGAAGAUACGGACAGACGGGUGUUACCGUUGGGUAUUCUGAGAGCGAAAGGAGCUUAUUUGUCGAUCCAGCCGAGUCGAGUCGAGUAUGGUGCACUCUACUGGCAGGUGGCUGUCGUGGUGGCCGUCGUGGUCGUUUUGGUGGCCAUAGUAGUGGCUAGAAAAUGA